ACUCGAAACAGUCAUAGUUUAACACUCAUUUUAAGAUAAGCGUUAUAAAAUAUCAGACGUUAUAUAUUAGACAUCGAAGACAAUUGUGUGUAUCUUUAUCAGUUAGAAUUUAAAUAUAAUUAUAUUUGAUACUCAUAACAUUCUCAUAAAAUUGGUGAUUAAGAUUGCAAUAUAAAAUAACAAAGAAAAUAAUAUACGCACGAGUGUGUGGAGAUAUACAGGAUUUAUAAUGGCUUUAGAAAUAGAGAACCUAUUCUCAAAAAAAUUAGAAAAAAUGAAAAAGACAACCAUUUGUCAUUGUCGAACAACAAUGGUUAGUACCGAAUUAAAAUUUGAAUGGACUCUUGAAAAUUUUUCGAAACCAUCUAAAUCUUCCAUUACUUUCAAAGCAACUGGAAUUACUCAUUAUUACCAGGCUCUUACUGUUAAUAUGUCUUUUAAUGUGGCCAAGAAUAUGAUAUAUUUUCAUACUUGGUUUAUGGCUGAAAAGAAAAAGUUUAGAGUUAACUAUUAUAUUUAUACAGUUAUUAAAGGGAAAAUAUUGUAUCCGUGUGAGGUAAAUGGCAUUUAUUUAACGCAAAACAUGCGCGUAUAUGAAAUAUCUCUUAACAAAAUUGAAGAAGAUGUAUCAGUUGAUCCUACAUGUGAUAGUCUUACAGUAUACGUCUGUUUCGAUAUAAUCGAAAGUGUAUCAAACCAUUUUUUUCAAACAAUUAUAGACGAAUCAGAAGAAUCUGCAAUAGAUAAAUUUGCUUUAGAUAAGAGAUCGGGAGUAAAAGUUAAUUUUUUGGCAAACAAGAAAUGUUAUUCUAUAGAUAAAGGUUUAUUAUAUUCAAAAAGCGAUAACUUUAAAAAUAUUUUUUAUGAUCCGUCAGGAAGGAGCAUCGAUACAAUUAGAAUAUAUCGCUUACCAGAUGUUUUUGAAUAUUUUGUAUAUUACUUAGAAACUAGCAGUUUAGAUAAACUAAUUGUAAGAGAGAAUGCUAAUAUAUGUGAUGUAUAUGAGCGUAUGGAAAUCCGAUUAUUCUUUCCUGGGAAGUAUGACAAAAUCCGCGAAACAUUAUGCAAUCUUCUUAAGCUAGCUAAGGCUAAUGAUCUAAAAGGUCUUGUAUUAUUAUGUGAAAAUUUUUUAAUAAAAACCAUGCACAGAGUGGACGUGCUAUCAGAUCUGUCAUUUGGGCAAAAUCUCGAUUCAGAAACAGUAGAAAAAUAUACCAUAAAAUUACUAAAAUUACACUGCUAUAAUAUGAGCUACUUUGCAGAUCAAAAUAAGGAAUUAUAUAGAAAACUCGUUAAAGAAAAUUUCAACUGCCACAAAAUGUCUUUUAUAACUGAAGAAUAUGAUCCAGAUACAUUCAAUGUUAAAAGUUGAACAAUCUCAAGUUUUUAGCAAUUAGAUUAUUUUUAAUAAAACAAGUUAAAAAUAUUAAAAUAUAUGUUAAAUGUUUCGAAUUUAUCCAAAAAAAUAAACUUUUGUUAUUAUAUAUAAUCAUAUUAAAAUCUUCAAUUUGACACUAUAUAAUUUUACAUAAUUUUACAUUUUUUUUUACAUAUUUUCAUAAAAAAUAUAAACUGUAUAUUUAAUAGCUUUUAAAACGCCUGUUUUUGCGCGAUAUAGAAAGAUAUAGAAAGAGAAAACUAUAUAAC